AUGGCGCGCAAGAAGAAAAGUGCACAGUCGGACGCGGCAACCAACGGGAGCGCUUCGUCGACACCGCCGCCCUCGGCUGCUCCGGCUGCUGCUACUGCUGCUGCUGGUGGAAGCACAGGGACGGCGAAGAAGGCGGGCAGCGAAGCCUCAACCUCUGCGCUCAUCAUCUGUCGCAACAAGCAUUGGCGCUACAUUUCUUCGUUCCAUGGACCCUGGCUGCAACUCCCUCCAGAAGUCCUCGAGUCGCUCGCCCAUAGCAAUUAUCUCUCCCCUCGUCCACACCCCAUUGAUCCCGCCGUCUUUUACGACCUCGUCAAGAUCCGCAAGGCGGUCGACGAGGCGACCAAUCUCGCUGUGCGCGCCACCUCUGGCCUGACCUCGGCCGCCCUCAGCAACAGCCUCAAUGGCGGCAAUAGCAUGCUGGGCGGUGCGGCCGCGCUGGGCAUAGGCUACGGGGCAGGGGGCACGUCGAAACUGAGUAGGGAGCGGAAACAUCGUAUGAGAGAACUGGCGACGAACAAACUCAGCCAAGCAUAUCAUCUCGAUGAGAUCGCGGCCAGUGUUGCGACCAUGCAGAGCGCAAGCACGCUCGAGGACGUGGCGCACUUGGUGCUGCAGCGCGAGCCGACCAACGUGGAUGCCAAGUACGUCCAUUUCUUCCACGAGAAGAUUCCCAGUCGAAUGAUGGCACAGUGUACGCCCCUCGACACGUUGAACGAUAUCAUCGCAGAGCGGCCCAACGACGGCAGUCCGCUGCGCACGCGCGCGUUGACCAGGAUAUUCAAGGACGACUAUGUAAACUCUGCAAAAGAUCUGAGCGAAGCCCUGAGCACAGCGCGGUACAUGAUGGCACAACAUAGAGCGGGAAAGGACCAGUUAGUCUUAGCAAAGACACUGCAAGAGCAAUAUGGAAGAGAUUGGAGACAAGAAGUUAAGAUACCCGACGAAGACCAACCCAAUUCACUCGAGACCCAAUUACUUUUUCAUCGUGCCGGCGUCUACUUCACCAUAGCAUGCAGUCAUGUUCAUGCAGCCCUAGAUGGUCUCCAGGAAGCCGAGGAAGCAAAGGCGCGGCGAGACGCCAUGAUUGCAGAGGGCAAAGACCCAGAUCCCAUGACACCAGAAGAAGCGCAUGCAAACCAUCUCCGUCUCGAAGCACGCAAACAAGUCCGACAGAACGCCAAACGCGCUCUUCGUGAUUACCUCGCCUUUUUAUCGCAUUUCGACUACACACCUGGUGUUUCCGCAGAGGUGGCUGAAGAAUUCUUGCGGAGGUUAAACGAUUCAGCAAACGGCAGUAAGAAUGGCUAUGGAAACAGUAAAACUAAACCAAACAUGAACCGACUAAUAGAAGAAACAAACGGUAACGCAUCACCGCCCAUGUCCGAAGCGCUCGUUCCCCAUCGUGGCGGUUUGACAAAGUCAAAUUCCGACCGCGCAUCAUGGGCAAAACUGCCUCCACCAGAAAUCUUCAAAGUAUCCCAACUCUUCGAUGCCGCACCCCCAGCUUCGUUACCGCCAUAUCCAGCAUCUAGACCUCCAUCAGCAGCCGAAUCUGCUGCUGCAGCUGCUGCAACUGCAUUCGCCGACAGCCAUGAAAGCAUUACCUACCACCCCCUUAUCACCGACGCCCUACACUCUCUCCUCCUUUGUCACGCGCUCAUCCAAACACCACCAAAAGAACACCUUCGGCAUGCUCACAACGCCGCACGUCUCGCCCGCGUCUGCGACGGCUACCCCAUUUUCCUCGCCGCCCGCUCACCCGCGCGCGCCGACUGGAUCGAAGUGCUCCGACGAGCAGGAAACUGGAUUGGACUCUCCACCUCAUGGGAAAACUUAUGCCGUCCUGCUCCCCUCCCAACCCACCACUACAACACAAAUAACGGCACCAGCUCCAAAAACGGCACCACCACAACAGCAGACCUCUACACCAAAGCCAGCACAACUCCACCGCCCGAAACCCCCGCCCAACGGCGCGAACGCCAAAAACACGAAGCCAUCCUCGAAGCCCUGGCUGAUGAGCGAGUCGUAGACGAAGAAUCAUUCCAGCGCGCCGUCCGCGCCCGCGAGCGCCGCAACCGCGAAGACGAGGAGUUGGAAGCGAAACAAAACGGAAUCAGGAACGGAGAUGCAGAUGCGGAUGGAUACCCCAUUACCCACUCCUCCCCUUCUCCUUCUCCUCCGCCUCCACCACCGCCACCACCGCCGAAACGUUGGGCCCAGGAUGACGGGAGGGAAUACCCGAUUUCCACGGAGCGCGCUGAGGCGAUUAGUCGCUGGGUUAGGGAUGCGCCGCCGGUUGGGGAUGCGAGUGCGGGGGGCGCAGGAGGAGUUAGGAAGAAAAGGGCAAAGGGGAAGGCGAGGAAAGGCGGGGUUAGUAGGGUUGGUGUUGAGAGUUUGCGCGAAGGGGUUGAAGGGUUGGGAGUAAGGGAAAGAAGGGAGGAGGAGGUUGACUAGAUGGGAUUAUCCCCCUUUGGUUCUUAUUCGACCGCGUCACUAGAUAGGGAAUUGGAAGAGGGAGGUUUCGGGUAUAAUAUUUAUCUAGUAGACUGUGUUGAUGAAAGGGACCUAUGAUGGGAUUUUUUUCUGAGUCUGCAUUGGAGAAUCUUGUACAGUUGGGCCAUCAUUCAUGCUAUUAAUCGUGAGUAGCUACUCAUCAGCUACUCAUCGUUCAGGUCCCAGAGGCUUUUUUUUCAACUCUCGUCAUUCAUACCCAUGAAUGC